AUGAAGGUCCCGAACGGCAGUGCAGAAUCCCACGUCCCGCCUCUUCCUAGCAACAGCGUCGAGCCAAUCGCCGUAAUUGGCUUUGGCUUCAAAUUCCCACAGGAUGUGACCAAUGCCGAGAGCCUCUGGAAACUGCUCAUGGAGCGCCGGUCGACCAUGACGGAGAUUCCCAAGAACCGGUGGAACAUCGAUGGCUUUUACAAAGAACAUGGCCAUCGGCCAGGCACUGUGAAGAAUCGCGGUGGCCAUUUCCUCUCCGAUGAUCCAGCCCGCUUCGAUGCUCCGUUUUUCUCUAUCCAGCCAGCCGAGGCCGAGUGCAUGGAUCCGCAGCAGCGCUUGCUGCUUGAAACCAGCUACCAUGCUCUUGAGAAUGCUGGCAUUCCCAUGCAAGCAGCCAUAGGCACCCGGACGUCAGUUCACAUGGGCUGUCUUCUACAAGAAUACAGCCAGAUUACCCAGAGAGAUGCCCAAAUGCCCGGAGACUACCGAAUUGUCGGCUCUAGUGGUUUGGCGAUGCUGUCGAACCGUUUAAGCUGGUUCUACGACUUCAGCGGACCCAGCAUGACGGUGGAUACAGCUUGUUCUGGGGGCCUAGUCGCUCUUCAUCUUGCAUGUCAGGAGCUACUUGCAGGGACUGUUAACAUGUCGCUUGUAGGCGGAAGCAAUCUAUGUCUACUGCCUGACUCGACCGCCUUGCUGAGCAGUCUCAACAUGAUGUCCAAAGACAGCGUUUGCUAUUCCUUCGACGAGCGAGCUUCUGGCUAUGCGCGAGGCGAGGGCAUCGGAAUCCUCGUCCUCAAACGUCUUUCCCAAGCCAUUGCUGAUGGUAAUCUUAUCCGCGGUGUCAUCCGGUCGACUGGUUGCGGGCAAGACGGCAACACUCCGAGUAUCACAUCGCCCAGCCAAUCUGCACAGGAGCGCCUUAUCCACGAGACAUAUGCACGAGCAGGUCUUGGUCUCGACGAAACACGCUACUUCGAAGCCCAUGGCACCGGGACUCUGGUUGGUGACCCGUGCGAAGCAGCAGCCAUCAACAGUGUCUUUUCUGCUCGGACCCCUGAAGAACCCAUAUUCGUUGGCGCACUCAAGUCGCAUAUCGGCCAUUCUGAAGGCGCCAGCGGCAUCGCCGGGAUGAUCAAGACGCUUCUGGUUCUGGAAAAAGGCAUUAUUCCCCCAAAUGUCUAUCCCGAACGUAUCAACCCUGCCGUCAUGGCUGCUGGGCCCAACUUGAAAUUCCCGAUGGAGCCUACAAGGUGGCCUGUAGGAGGCGUUCGACGUGCAAGCGUGAAUUCCUUUGGAUACGGCGGAACCAACGCCCAUGUUGUGAUUGAUGAUGCGCGGAGCUUUCUUCGCGAACAUGGCCUAGAUGGCCGUCACUGCACCGAGGAUAUUGACAGUAGCGAGAUUGAGUCUCGUGGGACUUCAGCUCUGAGCUACACAUCCAUCAACGGCGACUGUUCUGAAACCGGGCAUUCUGACCACACGCCUUCUAGCUCCACGGACGACGACAAAAACGAUACGUAUACCAGCGAUGGCAACGCAGCGUCCAAGCUACUGAUCCUGUCUGCAUUUGAUGAGCGAGCACUCGGCCGAUCCAUCGACGCCCUCCAAAAGUGGACACAGGAUCACCUGAGCACCGAAAACCGAGACCAAAUCCUCCGAGAUCUCGCAUUCACUCUCGUCGAGAAACGGACCCGGUUUCCCUGGAAAUCAGUCUGUGUGGCUGCUACAAACACCCAGGCUGAACUUACCUGGUCCCCUCCCGUACGCUCAAAACAGACUUUGAAUAUCUGCUUCGUGUUCACGGGCCAGGGCGCACAGUGGCAUGGCAUGGGCCGCGAACUCAUGGUCUACGACGUUUUCCAGAGAAACAUGCAGCAAGCAGACGAGUACUUUCGCUCGCUCGGCAGUUCCUGGUCUUUGAUAGAUGAGCUGUACGGUAAAUCGGAAAAGGAGUCGGCUAUCCACCAGCCUGAACUCAGUCAGCCCAUAUGCACGGCUUUGCAGGUUGCUAUCGUAGAUCUGCUGGCGUCUUGGAACGUCCGCGCAUCUAUAUCUGUCGGACAUUCUUCUGGUGAAAUCGCCGCUGCAUACGCCAGCCACGCCAUUUCUCGCGAGUCGGCCUGGAUGAUUGCGUACUUCCGCGGCAUGGCCGUUGGCAUUUCGCAGAUGCUGAAGCCGUCGAAUGGCGCCAUGAUAGCUGUGCAGGCGCCGCUGGAGUCGUGGAAGAACCGCCUAGACGAGCAAAACGCAGCGUGUCCCGACGACCCUGUUGUCAUUGCCUGCUACAACAGUUCCCAAAGCUUCACUGUUUCUGGGCCACGCGAGGGCAUCGCUCAGCUUACGGAUACGUUGAGAGAAGCUGAGAUCCAGGUCCAUGUGCUCAGGAUCGAUGUGGCGUACCAUUCGCAUCACAUGAAGCCCGUGGCCGAAGUCUAUGACAAGCUUCUGCGGAAGAUUGAAGCUGGCAAGCCAAUUACCCACCCCCCGUUAUUCGUAUCGACUGUUACCGGAGCAGCUCUCGAGGAACUCGCUGACCUCAGAACCGCAGCGUACUGGAACAGCAAUCUUACUGGUUCAGUACAGUUUUCAAGCGCACUGCAGAACAUCUGCGCACGCCCAGACGCAUCUACAUACUGCUUUGUUGAAAUCGGACCUCACUCCGUCUUGCGCUCGCCACUUGCCGAUAUUCUCAGGACAAACGGCCGAGACGCCAAAUCAGAAUACGUCUCAGUGCUGCGUCGCGACCGCGCAGCCGACACCACGGCGCUGGAGUGCGCAGGCAAACUGCAUACACUCGGCGCCAACAUCGACCUCACGGCUGUGAACAAGCGCGCCGGCCCGCGCCCGAACGUGCUCACAUCGCUGCCGAGCUACGCAUUCGAAGACAAGAAACGGUACUGGCUCGAAGGCCGCACAAGCAUCCAGUACCGGCAGACGAGGUUUGUGCAUCACGAGUUGCUCGGGUCGCGAACACCCGACUGGAACGAACACGAGGCCCGGUGGACGAACCGUAUUCUGCUCGACCAGUCGCCGUAUCUCAAGGACCACCGCAUCAAUGGCUUGUGUCUUAUGCCUGCGGCUGGCAUGCUGGUCAUGGUCAUCGAGGCGGUGCGCCAGUUCUACAGCGACGGCGCAGCGGCUGGGGCCUCGGGAUAUAAAGUCAAAGAUGUCUCGUUUACAAAGGCCAUGACGCUAUCGGAAGAUGUGCGUGGAACGGAAAUUCAGCUUACGCUUCGCCCCGGGAGCGUUGACGCUCGAGACACGCAGCCUGGAAGCGCGUGGAGCCACUUCUCGCUCUAUGUCUACGAGAACACAGCAUGGCAUCUUUGCUGCUCCGGCUCCGUGGCAAUUGAGUAUGCAUCUCAAACCGAUACAGGCGAAGAACAACCACUUCAGAUGCGGGAAAUGGCCAGGGACUUCUCAAAUGCUGCGACACAGUGUACCAGUGAAAUCAGCAGUACAGAAAUCUACAAUGCGUUCAGCACCGCAGGCCUAGCCUACGGCCCAACUUUCCGCGGCGUACACAAAGUAUGCUGGGACGAGCAGAGUCAGGCCACAGGCUGUAUUGGUCUGCGCGACUGGGAGAAGCACGCACGACAUGCCUACAGCGAUGCGCACAUGAUCCACCCCGCAGCCCUGGAUACAGUCCUGCAAAUGACCUUCCCCGCGUACUCCAUCUACGCCAAAAACGCAUCUGCCACGACGGUGCCCACGGGAUUUAGCAAUGCGUGGUUCUCGGCUGACCUGGGGUGCGCGGCGUCUGCAUCUGAGCAUGUACGGGUGCACGCCAAGGUGACGGGUCGCGGGUUCCGCAAUAAAUUGUUUGCUGUUACGGCGGCGGAUGAGAGUAUGCAACGGGUGUACUUUUGCGGAGAACUGGAAACGUCGACGAUUGGACGGAAUAAUGGCUCUGUGGCGGACGGGAAGGAAAAGGAGAAGAGCUUGUAUCGCAUCGAUUGGCAGCCAGCGACGUUCCCAGACGCAGCAACGGUGGUAUCGGCGAGCUCGAAGAAAACAGUCAUCCUCGUUGUGUACGAUGAUGCGGAUGCUCGGCAGCAAGAUGUGAUGCAAAAGCUUCAAGAAAUCGCAUCGCCGCAGUACGGACUCGAGGCGGUUGCAGUGCCCUGGACGUCUGUUAUGCAGCACGAGGUAUCCAACGCCACUUGUAUUUUUCUCCCAGGCUUAGACGGCACUCUGUUGCUCCGCAUGCAAGAAGACGAUCUGGACAAAAUAAAGUACCUGGUUUCAAGCGCUAGUGCCGUAAUAUGGCCUACCCUGCAGUCCCAAGAUCUCAGCCAGAGUCCUACAGAUGGUCUCGUGUCAGGACUCAUCCGUACGCUGGCAACUGAAUCUGAAGACUACCGUCUAGUUAGCGUCAGUCUGAACGGAGAGCCUGGACUGGAUAAGCUCACGACGAAUGUCAUGAAAGUGGUCCAGACAAUGCUUCAGCCACAGACUGAUCCCGAAGACGAGUACUGUGAGAUUGAUGGCGUCUUAUGCACACCACGGGUUGUCGACGACGAUGAGCUGGUCGCUCAGGUACUGCCAUCUAAGCAGAUAUCGAGUAUCGUCUCCAGACCUUGGAGUGAGCUGGAAAGUCCUGUGCUGACGAUUGGUGCGGCCGGAAUACUCAACACGCUUCACUAUGAACAAAGUGCUCUCGAGAAGGUCAAUAUAGGGGUUGGCGACGUGAUUGUUGAAGUCAAAGCUGUUGGACUCAACACCCGCGACCUCCAAGUAGCGCUUGGUCAGGUACACGACGAUGCUCUUGGAAUUGAAAUUGCUGGUGUUGUGGUACAAACCAGCAAUUCAAUAGACGCCGAAUUCAAGAUCGGUGAUCGGGUCUUUGGUGUUACGCGCAACGGUGUAGCGCAAAAGAUUCACUGCAAAUCUUUCCAACUGCAAAGGAUUCCGGAAAGAAUCGGCUUCGCUGAAGCAGCGGCUUACCCAAUAGCAUCCUGCACCGCUUACUACGGCCUGGUGCAAAGGGCUAAUAUCCAGAAUGGCGACAGCAUACUCGUUCACAAUGCUGCCAGUCCGCUGGGUCAAGCAGCUAUUAAGGUCUGCGGGCCUCAAGGAUGUGACACUAUCUUUGCGACAGUGAACUCGACAGAAGAGCUGGAAUUCGUGACUAAUGGCAGCAACAUCCCUACGUCGCAUGUUUUCCUUGCCGGAGAUCCUGACCUCGAGCCUGGUAUCCGGCAAUUGACUAGCGGACGAGGCGUAGACGUCAUUCUGGGCUCGACAGACACUCUACGCAACUCAUGGCGUUGUAUUGCUCCCUUUGGCCGGAUAAUCGACACUGGAGAGGAGCACGCAUUUGUUUCUACGGCAAACCGAUCGAAUGAGACUUCGCUGCCACCGAUAAUCAGUAAUGUCACAUUUGUCAAUAUCAACUUUCAAGAGCUGUCGCAAAGUCGCAUAUUUAAAGACACUUUCGAACAUGUCCAUCAACGGAUUGAUAACGGCCUUUACGAUAAUUUUGGACCACUGACGCUGUUCAAGCAAAGCGAAGUUGAGCAAGCAUUCCGCGCGCUGCAAGAAAAGCCGGCGGCCAAAGUCGUGAUUGAAAUGGACAGUCAAGAAGUAGUCGAUGUGGAGGUCGUACCUAAUGCACCUCAGCCAACCCUUCAUGGGGAUGCAACCUACCUCAUCGCUGGCGCAUUUGGCGGUAUAGGCCAGAGCAUUGUCCAGUGGAUGGUGCAUGAAGGCGCCAAAUAUCUAGUAUUACCGUCACGCGCUCCAAUCGAAGGAACUGACCGCGAGCAAUUCGUCCAAAAGCUACAGGCACAGGGAGUAGUUGUAAAAGCUCCAGUGUGCGAUAUUGCCGAAAAGAGUAAUCUCCAUGCCAUGCUGAACUCUCUCUCCGACUUGCCAGAAAUCAGAGGCUGCAUCCAAGCUGCAAUGGUGAUGCGCGAUUCUUCAUUCGCCAACAUGUCAAUUGAUAAAUGGCAGCAAUCGCUUGCGCCAAAGGUGGCUGGCUCCUGGAAUCUGCACGAGGCCCUGCCCUCGGAUCUAGACUUCUUCGUAAUGCUUUCUUCAUCCACAGGCAUCAUGGGGUCCUUUGGUCAGUCCAAUUAUACGGUUGGAAAUACAUACCAAGACGCAUUAGCCGCUCACCGGAUGCGCCACGGUCAGCGUGCUCACACUUUAGCGCUUAGCAUGGUCACAGGCGUGGGCUACGUGGCGCAAAACGAACAAGUCCAAGCUCUGCUCCGCGUACGUGGCAUGCUGGAAGAAGUAUCCAUGGAGGACAUUCACAAUCUCCUUCGGUACUGCUGCGAUGCCUCGCGCGUAGAUGCCAGCACUAUUGGAUCGCAAAUCAUUACGCCGCUGACGCUGCCCGCUGACUUGCGUGCAAUGGGAAUUGUAGCUCCGCUUGGUAGCACACGGCCCAUCUACCACUACCUCGACACGCUUCCAGCGCGUAUCGCCAGCACAACCGAGACAGACAAAUCGCGUCCAUCAUACAUGCUCGCUGAAGCCACUUCUCUCGUCCAAGCCAUCGAUAUUAUUGUCAGUGCCAUACAGUCUCAGCUGUCCAGUCUCCUGGUUGUAAGCAAAGACGAUAUCGACCCGCAAAAGGCCAUUUAUCGCUAUGGCGUCGACUCGCUUGUUGCAGUCGAGAUGCGGAACUGGUUUUCAAAAGCGGUGGGUGCAGAUGUGGCGACUGCUGAUAUCAUGAGCGAUGUUAGUAUUUGGUUGUUGGCUGUUAAGGUUGCGAGCACGAGUCGCUUUGUUAAGGAUGAGCUUAAGGAAUAG